AAAAAUUCAUGGACGAAGAUUAACCCACCAUCGCCAAACUUCCGAAUUUCUCGCCUUACGGUCGCAUCCUCUUCUAAAAGAGAUCAGCGAAUAGAGGUAAAAAUUAAUAAACAUUAGAACCCCAAUGAGCAGUCGGUAGUUUCUAUUUGAGCUCUAGAGAUAGUGAGAGGAUCUCUAGGAGCAGGAGCUAUGCCUGUCACCAAGCAUGGCGCUGAGCUUUGUGCUCUCCUAGUAAACGAUCUUUAUGGCGAAUUACCAUCGCGAAUUCUAAGCGCUCUCUUCACAAAGGGCCGUUCUACAAUUGCACAGCUUGCCCAAUAUACAUCCGUGACACCGCGGUAUCUGCGCAAUGGGCUUAGUGUACUCAUUCAACAAAAUCUUGUUUAUCACUCGACCGAUUCCGACUCGAAGUCAACUAGCUAUGAAGCGAACGCGGACGCUAGCUACAACAUUGUGCGAUUUGGAAAGAUACUCGAAGUAAUCGAAAGCCAAUAUGGAACAGCGGAGCGUGACCUUGUUCAAACUUUAAUGCUCCUUGGAUUUGCCAGAGUGGCCGACUUGGCACAGGCGUUUCAAGGCAGAACCCCUAGAGUCAAUGGGCACACCAAUGGCACUGGUGAUGAUGUGGCUGGAGGAAUGAUUGAGUCUGUCAACCAGCUGAAUGACACUCUUGCACGUCUAAUCCAAGCCGAAAUCGUGGAAACUGUCCAUGCAGAGAGCUUCCGAAAUCCUGUUGAGGUUCACAGAACAAUUGUUACAGAACUUACAAAGGCUGCCCCGGGAGAAAAGGUAACCAAGAUUACCAGUGAACAGGAAGCACAGAUCAGCGAACGUUUCAAAACAUUCCGAGACAAAGGCAAAGGUUUGAAACGACAGUUAGAUCAGACACGCGGUCCAGUUACCAAGCGCCGAAGGCUACAAAAUGGCCAUGGAUACCACUUUGAAGCCGCGACAGCCUCCAUCAACCCAAAUAUUAUCGUUCGAGUCAACUACGAGAAGUGUAUCGUAGAGUUGCGCAAUCAACGCAUGGCAACGUUUGCUAUGGAUAUACUAGGCAAUAUUACUGGAGACGUAUAUCGGGUUAUUCUAGAUCUGCUGACAGCCAGUGUUCCGCGAUGUCGGUCAGACCCUCGCGUGGAUGAAGAUAUAUCCACAGGUCAGCUCGCUGUGACCACACUGGAUAUUCUGCGGAGUCUUGAUGACUCGCUGAGUCUGCAGCAUGGUAUUGGCAAAGCCCCGAAAGAAAAGAUUGAUGCGGAGAGUGCGGAGAGGGUCCGACCACAAGCACCUAUGGACUCAGAUACUGAACCUGAUGAAUCAGAUAAUGAUAUGCCAGUACGUCGAGCGUCAAUCAGAAUUGAUAUCGAUCAGGAACUUGGAGACUCUGAAGAUGAUGUAGCGGAAACAAAUGGAGACCGAGAGACAAAGGUGAAGUUUGAGGAUGGUGGUAUGUCGAGAGAUAGGCGCAUCGAACACCUCCGCCAGCACCUGCUCCUAUUGUCUGAAAGCAGAUAUCGAUUCCUAAGACAGUGCGGAACACAGGGGCGUGGCCAAUGGACAGUCGACUUUGCGCGCGUCAUGAACCGAUUGAGGGAAUCGGAGCUUGAUUCCUAUAUUGAACAGUCGUUCGGUCGUCAUGGUCUGCGAUUGACAAAGAUUCUAAGAGAAAAAGGCAAACUGGACGAGAAGAUGCUACCUGCUGCUGCCCUUAUGAAGAAGUCCGACGUCCAGCUCAAAAUGACGGCAAUGCAGAUGGCAGGUCUGGUCGACGUGCAAGAAGUCCCCAAGGACAAUAGCCGCCUUGCCAACCGCACAUUGUUUUUCUGGUUCUUUGACCGUGAGCGAACAGAGGCCCGCAUCAUGGAUGAUAUUUACAAAGGUAUGAUGAGAUGCCAGCAGACACUCCAGGUUGAAAGACACCGCGAGCGCAAUAUCUUGUCAUUUGUGGAGCGCAAAGACGUCAAGGGCAAAGAAGAGGAAGUUAUGACGGCGGAGCAUUACAACAAAUAUAACAGACAUCUUGAGGCCCAAGACAAGCUGUUGGGGCAGUUGAUGAGACUAGACGACAUGGCGGCAGUAUUCCAGGACUACUAGAAGUAAGCGAGCGCUGGACUAAAGCUGCAUUUGUACAAUUACUUUUUCACGCGACAUAGCAUAGAUGUUUAAACAUGUGAUUUGACAUUUUC